AUGUCUUCUCCAUCUGUUCAGUCUUCCAGAUAUUUGGCUCAAACUGCUCAGCUCCUUCUAUACAUUGAUCCAAAUUCCAGUACUAACCCUUCCCAGACCUUCGGUAAGAAGAGAAACGCCACAGCCGUUGCCCACGUCAAGGCCGGCAGAGGCCUCAUCAAGAUCAACGGUUCCCCAAUCACCCUUGUCGAGCCAGAAAUCCUGAGACACAAGGUGUACGAGCCACUUCUGCUUGUUGGCCUUGACAAAUUCGCACACAUCGACAUCAGAAUCAAGGUCACCGGUGGUGGACACGUCUCCCAGGUCUACGCCAUUAGACAGGCCAUUGCCAAGGGUCUCGUUGCCUACACCCAGAAGUACGUCGAUGAGGCUACCAAGAACGAGCUCAAGAAGGUUUUCACCACUUACGACAGAACCCUGUUGGUUGCUGACCCAAGAAGAAUGGAGCCAAAGAAGUUUGGUGGUCGUGGUGCCCGUGCCAGAUUCCAAAAGUCUUACCGUUAA